AUGGCUGCCAAGAAAGAUGAAUUCAUCGUCAAGCAAAUCUCUCCAAAGCUUGGGGGAGAAAGAGGAGCUCGAAACCCUCACGGCCCAACAUCUUCACAUGACCUCGUCGAGCAGAUGGAGUUUCUUUACUUAGAAGUAAUCCAAGCCAAGAACAAAAUAGCCAACACUGUUGUAAUCCCCAUCGUCGAAAUCACUCUCGGAAACUACAAAUCCUCGACCCAAGAUCUGCCAAUGGGACAAAAUAUGCAGUGGAAUCAAGUCUUCGCUUUCGACAAAACCAAAGGUGAUGUCUUGUCCGUUACUCUCAAAGAUGAUGCGACCAGAACCGUAAUUGGCAAGCGAAACUUCAAACUGGCCUCGGAGAUUCCGAGUAGGGUUCCUCCGGACGCAAGAAUCGCGCCUCAGUGGUACUCUAUGCAGAAUACCGAAACAGGUCAUCACAUGGAUUUGCUGAUGUCGGCUUGGUUUGGUACACAAGUUGAUGAGGUUUAUCCAGAGGCUUGGUUUUCAGACGCCUCUGAAGUGAGUCCACUUUGCGUGAUCAACACGCGACCUAAGGUCUACCUAGCCCCAAGGCUGUGUUACGUUAGGGUUACCAUUGUUUCAGGUCACGAUUUGAUUUCUUCUGAUAAUAAGCGGACUCCUUCGGCAUACGUGACGGCAAGUCUAGGUAAAGUAUGUCUCAAAACCGUAGUUUGUUCCGGUGCAAACCCGUCAUGGAACCAAGAUCUAAUAUUAGUUGCAUCAGAGCCGUUAGAAGGAAUCGUCGUCAUUAAGGUGAUGGACAGAGUCGACGAGCAACACGAAGAAUGCAUAGGGAUGUUAAAGAAGAAGCUCUCAGAGAUGACUCCGCUUAAAAUUCCAAGUUCUGCACCGGUUUUGUUCUAUGACCUUGAAAUGCCGGUUAGGGUCGAACCGGCAGGCGAUUCGAGGAGGUUCGCAAGCAGACUCAAGAUGAAACUAGCGACUGAUCAGGCUUAUCACGUUGCUGAGGAAUGCGUCGAAUACGCGAGUGACUACAGAGCUUAUGUUAAAGGGCUAUGGCCGGGUGUUCUCGGGAAAUUGGAAAUCGGGAUUUUGGGGGCAUCCGGUUUAAAGGGAAGAGACGAGAAUAAACCGGACAUCGACAGUUAUGUGGUGGCUAAAUAUGGGAAUAAAUGGGCGAGGACUCGAACAGUGGUUAAUAAUGUCUCACCCAAGUGGAACGAGCAGUAUUCGUGGGAUGUCUAUGACAAGUGUACGGUGCUAACGCUUGGGAUCUACGAUAACCGAAAAAUCAAAAACGUUACGGGGAAAGAUGUUCCGAUCGGGAAAGUGAGGAUCCCAUUGAAUCGUGUACACUAUAACUGGAUUUACACUUGCUCGUAUCCGAUAAUGAAUUUGGGAAGCAGCGGACUGAAGAAAAUGGGAGAGCUUCAGCUCGCGAUUCGCUAUGUUAAUUCUGCUGAAUUGUACGCACGGUUUUCGGCUUCUACCCGUUGGAUGUUACCUAAAACUCAUUACAAGUCUCCAGUGUCCAUGUAUCAGGUCGACAAGAUGAGAGCACAAGCAGUGGAUCUGAACUGUGCGAAUCUUGAGAAUACUUUGCCGCCUCUGGGAAGCGAAAUCGUGUCGGAUAUGUUGAAGCCGAAGAGUAAGAAUUUCAGUAUGAGAAGAACGAAAGCUAAUUUUGCAAGGCUUUGCAUACUCUAUAAGAGGUUAACGUGGUGGGUUUCGACCCUUGAGUUGAUCAGAUCCGGGAGAGAGUUACCUCCGAAACUCGUCGUUGUAUUUGUAGUCAGUAUUGCGCUUAUUUGGUGGGACUACUUGAUGUUGUGUUUGGUGGAUUCGUGGCUAGCUGUGGUUUUGAUUGUGCUUCUAGCUGUGGUUUUGAUUGUGCUUCUAGGUGUUACGUCAGGGGUCAAGAUGAUAUUGCGCUAUCGGAACGUUACUCCUCCUCCUCCAUUGAUUUCCGUGGAUUUGAAGCUCUGGGGGCUGGAGGUGAUCAACCUAGACGAGUUAGCAGAAGAGUUGGACUCGUUUCCGUCGGGGGAGAUGGAUGUGAACAUUCUCAAGAUGAGGUACGAUAGGUUGAGGAAGAUUAUGGAGCAGGUGAUGUCACUAUUGGGGGAUGCUGCGAAACAAGGAGAACGGUUUCUAGCGCUUGUUGAUUUGCUAAUUGAGCAUCCAUUUGUUUCGGCUCUCUUCUGUUACAUCAUCCUGUACAUCGUUAACAUCAUUUGGGGUAGAUUCCCGUAUGGGUUUUUCUUUUGGGUAGUUAUUGGCUGGUGGAUUAAACUCCCGUGGUUUCGCAACGAUUUGCCCUACGGAUUCCAGAACUUCUUUAGAAGACUGCCGACCAACGAAGACCCCAUUUGAAGACAAAUUCUCCUCCGUUUUAUUAUUUGUUUUGGUUUUUGAGAUAUUCUCUUUUUGUUUUUUUUUUGUUU